AUGCAGAUGCCCAGCGGCAUGGAGAUGAUCGAGCAGGAGCAGGAGGUGCUCUCGGAGCCGGAGUCCCAGGACUCAGUGGACUCCAUCUCGGGCGAGGUGACGCGCUCCUGGGACCCCACGGCGAAGGACGUGCGGUACACCUACGCCCGGGACCGCGCCGUGGGCUUCUCCGAGUUCUGGCGCCCACUGAAGUGGUCGGAGGAGGAGUGGGAGCGCCGCCUUUUGGCCUCCGGCAACCUCCGGAAGCGGGGCGGCCUUGGCAUUGCGCGCCACGAGAAGCCACCAGAGCCGAAGCCCAAGCCCAAGGCGGUGCCAAAGGAGCCCGAGCCGGAGGUUGAGCAGCUCAUUGCGCCGGAGAAGCCAAAGAAGCCCCGAUCGCAGUACCCGCUGGCCACGGAGGUCAAGCCAAAGUUCAUCGACGUGCCGCUGAGUGGCCUGCAGGGCGCGGCAGCUGAGGGCGCAGUGCAGUCAAUGCGGAAGACGGCCAAGAAACCGGUGAGCCCUGUGUUGGAGGAUCCGGACGACGAGCUGCUGAACUCCCGCCCAGCGCCGCGGGAGCCGGUGCGCGCCGGCGAGCCACUGGUGCCUCUGGGGACGGUGAAGCCAUUCUCGAACGAGAGGCAGACUGCACCUUCCUUUGGACACCCAACUCAGCCGGAAUCCUUCCAGAUGCCUUCCCCGGUGUACACCGGCGGCGCGUCUCCCCGCACCAUGCUGCGGCCCAUCAUGCAGGAGGUCCAGGCACCAAAGCGCGUGCCGGAGGAGCAUGACGUAGGCGAGUAUGGCGACAAGCCCGGGCGCACCUGGCUGUGA